AGAGAGAGAGAGAGAGAGAGAGAGAGAGAGAGAGAGAGAGGGGAAUAAUGGAGAGCAAUGGUGAGUCAUUUCUAAGGCAACUAAGUGUUGGCUCUUCUCCUUCCUCCUACUAUUAUCAACCAAGCUCUGCAAGAGGAUCAAAGAGGUGGGGAUCAAAGAAGAAGAACUUGACCCAAAUGGAUGAUGACCAUGAUCAUGUUCAUCAUGGUCAUCAUCGUAUGAGGAUGGGGAUGGGGUUGAAGAAGAGGGUGAUGGUGGUGAUUGACGAGAGCACUAAAGCUAAGCAAGCCAUGAUGUGGGCUUUAACCCACAUUGCUAACAAGGGGGAUCUCCUCACUCUUCUUCAUGUUGUUCCUCCUCCUCAUCAUGAUAAUCACCACCAUCAUCAUAAGGAUGAGCAUGCGCCAAAUCUUGCUAACUCCCUUGGAUCCCUUUGCAAGGCUUGCAAGCCUGAGGUGGAGGUUGAAGCACUUGUGAUUCAAGGGCCAAAGCUAAGCACCGUCAUCAGCCAAGUUAAGAAGCUGGAGGCCUCAGUCUUGGUGCUGAGCCAGAGCAAGCCUUCUUUGUUCUCUUGCUGCUUGUUUAGGAGCAGCAGUGAGGAUUUUGUGGAGCAGUGCAUCAACAAAGCAGAGUGCUUGACUCUAGCGGUGAGAAAGCAGAGCAAGGGAGUUGGUGGAUACUUGGUCAGCACCAGAUGGCAGAAGAACUUCUGGCUCUUGGCUUAACAAGCAGCAGUAGAAAUAAAGAGAGCCCGACUACUUAUGAUUACUGUUAACAAUAAUAUAAAGGUGCUUAUAUUGUAUGCUGAGUGGCAGAUAGAGCUGACCUGACUUAACGAGGGUCCUGUUAUGUUUUGACUAUGUUAUGGUUGUUGGUGUUAUCAAUAAAUAUCAUCCCAUUAUUAUGUCA